AUGGACGUGUUUCUCAUGAUCUGGCACCACAAGACCACCAUCUUUACAGAUGCCAAGGAGUCGAGCACCCUGUUCGAACUGAAGCGCAUCAUGGAGGGCAUCCUCAAGAGGCCGCCAGAGGAGCGGCGGCUGUACAAGGACGACCAGCUCCUCGAAGAUGGAAAAACUCUGGGCGAGCGUGGCUUCACUAAUCAGACAGCAAGGCCCCAGCCCCAGUGGGCCUGGCCUUCUGAGCAGAAGGUGCCUUCAGAGCUUCUGUGCGUUGAGCCCUUCUCCAGCCCUCUCGAGCUUCCAGAUGUGACGAAGCCACAGGACUCUGGAGGCAGCGCCAAUGAACAAGCUGUGCAGUGA